CCCGGGGCUGUCGGGAGAGGCUUUCUGCCAUUCAUCCCCGCUUAGCCCUGCCUAUCAAAGCAGCACCCGGCAAGUGAUUCACAAACAUGCCAGGAGAGGCAAUUUCCAUGGUUAAAAAGCAUCCGAGGCUCUAGCACAUGCCUGUGAAUUCUCCCUCCCUGGGUCACACCGGGACAGAGAAAGUCCAGCAAAGCCAAGGAGAAGAAGCAGAAGCGGCUGGAGGAACGGGCCGCCAUGGACGCUGUCUGCGCCAAGGUGGAAGCAGCCAAUAAACUUGGAGACCCCCUAGAAGCUUUUCCAGUGUUCAAGAAAUAUGACCGCAAUGGCCUCAAUGUCUCCAUCGAGUGCAAGAAAGUCUCAGGCCUGGACCAGGCAACUAUUGACUGGGCUUUCGAGCUGACCAAAACCAACAUGCAAACCCUGUACGAGCAGAGCGAGUGGGGCUGGAAGGACCGGGAGAAGCGGGAGGAGCUUAUGGAUGACCGUGCCUGGUACCUCAUUGCCUGGGAGAAGAGCUCCAUCCCUGUCGCCUUCUCCCACUUCCGCUUUGACGUGGAGUGUGGGGACGAAGUGCUGUACUGCUAUGAAGUGCAGCUGGAAAGCAAAGUCCGGCGGAAAGGUCUGGGCAAAUUCCUUAUACAGAUCCUGCAGCUUAUGGCGAACAGCACACAGAUGAAGAAAGUCAUGCUUACAGUCUUCAAACACAACCACGGCGCCUACCAGUUCUUCAGAGAGGCGUUACAGUUCGACAUCGACGACACCUCUCCCAGCAUGUCUGGCUGCUGCGGGGACGACUGCUCCUACGAGAUCCUCAGCCGCAGAACCAAAUUCGGGGAAAGCCAGCACCCCCACGCCGGUGGCCACUGUGGGGGCUGCUGCCACUGAGCCCUGACCCUUUGCCCUCCCCUUCCUUCCCACCCCCCUCCAAAGCCGGGCCCAGCUGCCGCCUGCCCUCCCCUCUGGAUUCUUCCCAGCUCAGCACCAGGACUUCGGGAGAGCCACCGGGCCCAGGCAGACUGGAUCAGAGGGUAAUGUAGCCCUGUUAAUUCCUGGCAGCUCUUGCCCCCCUUCUCCCACCUGGCGCACGCUCCCCGGAGCCCAGCAGAGAUCCAAGCCCCGGCAAUGCUAAGAAAAGCCUCAAGGCUUGUCCGUC